UAAUCUUCCUCUCUCUUUUUUUUUUUCAUCAUUUUUGAGAUUCAAAGUUUUUGUUUUUUUCUUUUCUUUGCUUAAACCGGAGAGACACCCUCUCCCUAAAUAUAGUUUUGAUCCUUGUGGGGUUCAAUUCCCUCUGAUCAUAACAUUCUUCUUCAUACGUUCAAGAAUCCUUACGAGGACGAGAUCUUCCCUAACGUCUUUGAUCUUCUUCAAUAGUGUUUGUAUAUCAGGAAAUAAUUUUGAUUUUGGUCGAAGAUGUUGGGAGAUUUCAUCAUAAGACUCCUUGUAUUAAUAUUAGGGUACACAUACCCUGCAUUCGAAUGCUUCAAAACGGUGGAGAAGAACAAAGUUGAUAUCGAGGAACUCAGAUUUUGGUGCCAAUACUGGAUACUCUUGGCGCUAAUUUCAUCAUUUGAGAGGGUUGGCGAUAUAUUUAUCUCAUGGUUACCGUUAUACGGAGAGAUGAAAGUCGUCUUCUUCGUAUAUCUAUGGUACCCUAAAACAAAGGGAACGAGACAUGUGUAUGAGACAUUGUUGAAGCCAUACAUGGCUCAGCAUGAGACAGAGAUUGACAGAAAGAUUAUGGAGUUGCGAGCUCGAGCUUGGGAUUUUUUCAUCUUCUACUUCCACAACUUUGCCCAGGCUGGUCAAUCUACCUUGAUCCAGGUUUUUCAGUACGUACUCGCCCAAUCGGUCCGGUUCUCAGCCGCUGCAGCUAACCCACCGCCGAUGGAGCGGAACGUAAACGUGAACACGCAGUCACCGGUAGAGAUGGACAAUGAACCACAGUCACCACGGGCUCCAAGACCGCUGAACAAAUCUCUGUCUGCGUUGCGAUCGCUAGAGAAGCAAACGAGCAGAGGGAGGAAGUGGCCGCCACCAACACCACCACCAACACCAGGCCGAGACUCAGCCGGAAUAUUCAACGGAGAAGACGGAGGAGUCAACAUUCCAGAUAAUAUUCCGGGAUCUCCCCUCACCGAUGCUCGAGCGAAGCUCCGACGUUCUAACUCCAGAACUCAGUCCGCAGCAUAGUAACGUACAUAUUUACGUGACUCGACGGAAGUCCUUAAUUUGUUUGAAGAUAUAUAGGGAAAGAAAAGUGAAAUGAAAGUUUUGAAUUGUUUAAACUACAAUACAGAUUGAAUUUUUUUUUCUUGUGUUUUUGUAAAUUGAAGCAGUAAGCAUUAAUACAGCGAGAACAUUUGUGUG